AUGUUUCCUGAAAAAAAGUAUACACCCGAGUAUUGGGCCGAACAAGCUAGAAAAUUUGCCCUUAACAAAAAGGAAACGCAAAGGGAUGAGAAGAAAAAAGUUACACAAAAACAACAACAAGAACUUUUAAUUAAACCAACUCCUAUACUGCCAACUCAGACGGCCAUUCACCAUAAUUUAAUAAAUAAUAUUUCUGCUGAAAAUCACUGCUUUCAAAAGAAUCCUGUAACCGUAAGGCCCCAAACUCCUUUUUGUUAUGUUAACGCUGAUUAUAGCAAUUUUGGGCUGACGGCAUUCCCUGUAAGCGCACUGGGAAAUACUUCCCCUUGGAUUAAACCACCCUUUCAGGCUCCUUCAGCAAAUUCUGACUUUCCUUCUUCUCAGAGCUUUCAAUCUAUAACGGUUAAUACCUACCAGGAUAAUUAUACGCAACCCACACAAGGUAAUCCUUCCGAGUGUACUCCAUCUCAAAAAGACUAUUUUUUUAGAUCAAGUAAUUCUCUUAUUGCCCCGUCUACCCCUUCCCCUCUUUCUAGCUAUGUGCAGUCUUUACCUCCACAACCUUUUUUAAAUAGAGAAAGCUACUUUAGCUGUGUAACCCCUUCUUUUCCACCAUCACAAUAUCCUCCACAUUUACAACGGCCCCCUUGGCACAACUCUUUGCAAACGAGCCAACUAGAGGACCAAAAGUGUCGCUGGACUCUUCCGCAAGCCCCCUCUCUCACAGACUCUACACCUUGGCAGAGAUCGCAGCUUUCUAGCUGUCCACCGGCCAAAAAUAAUCCCGAAGAGGUGAAAUUGCAGCCGAACUCAACCGGAAUGCUGUUUCCCUCUGCUUUAAAUUCGAACUCCUACCAACCAAAUUCAAACGCAGUAUCGUCUAUCACUAAAAAACUUCCCGCAUGGCUUUCGGAAGCUAUUUUGAAAAACCAGCUUCAAAAGGAAAAGGAUAAGUUGAAAUUAAAGGUCGAGCAGUCGGAGUUUGCGAAGGGCGUUGAGGAUGCCCCAAUGGUCCAUGAUAAAGUUGGCUCCUUUGCGUCUAAAUUUCACAGUGACAGCGAAGGAUCCACCGAGAGUGAAGAGGUAAACGAAAAAGAUGAGCUUCUGCCAGUCACUGAUAAAAACUACGAUACGCUCAUGCCUUUUAUGACAGAGCAAGAAAAAGAACUAUUAAAUCUAAAAAAGUUAAAGUGGACUGUCGGGCACAUACUGACAGCCUUAACUGAUUUAGAAUUACAUAAUAUUGUAAACGAAAGAUUGAAGGAGAAAAAGAUUUGUGCCGCUUCAACUACUAGUAUAGCUGCUAUGCUAGGGGAUUACAAUUCGGAAUCUUCGGGUUCCGAACUUGGAACUGAGGCCAAAAAUCAAGUUUGCCUAACUGACCCUCCUUUAUCGUCCAAGGAGGACCAUAGCGGAAGCGAAGAAAGUUUAAAAAAAAGGAAGGAAGAGAACAGGAAAUUUGUGGAGGACAGUAAACAGUAUGAGAGGGGGGCACAAGUUGCCGAGGAAAGGUAUAAAGAGAGAGAUAAAUAUAAAAAGCGGAGAAGAAGCAGGGAGCGAUCUAUAAAAGAUCGAGACAAAAUCCGAAGAGACAGAAAACGGCAUAGAUAUAGAGAAAGAGAUUCUAAAAGAAAAGAAAAUAGGUGAAUUCUAUAACUUAAACCCUAAAAAGUUUAACUAAACUUCGGCAAUCUA